ACAUGGCGUCAGUGCACACACGGGCGAGCCUCAACUCUGCAGACGGAUAGAGAAAGAAAGUGUGCACCGGGACUCGUAUCACACACCUGUCUUUGCGAAGUCGAGCUGUAUUUUCCUGGACAUGUUCUGAUUCAUGCACUGGUGAAAGGAGAAACAUUCAGUCGAUUCGGCACCGGUUAUGGAGCCUCCGGAUGAAAUGAGGCCGGGGAACUCAUCCAAAUAUGUGUCCCAGGAGAACACUGAGGUGGAUGAGUCUUGGGAUGAGCCCAGCCAGGAAGAGGAGACUCUGUACGAUACCUCCCCUCCCCGGACUCCCCGGCUGAUCAAACGCAUGUCCAACAAACACCAGAGAAGUAGCCAGGUGUCAAAGAGCAAAGAGAAGCCCUGUUCCUCCAGCCCAUUGUCCCAAAGAGAACGUGAGGGAGCCCGAUCAGCUGAACCUCCCGAGGAGCACAGUUACAAGCAGGAGAAGAAGCAGCGCUUCAACCAGCGCUCCAACGAGCGAGAUAGCAAAAAAACCUUUGAGGGCUCCUUUAUGCUCGAAUCAGUCUCUAAAUCGAGUACCAUUGGCUCUAGAAACAUGGACCCCCGCAAGCCCUACCUGAGCUUGGGCAUGCUCCCUGUGCGCACCCACCGGCAGACCUCUCGCACCGACUGUCCGGCAGACCGCCUCAAGUUCUUUGAGACCCUGCGGCUCCUGCUCAAACUCACUUCCAUGUCAUCCAAGAAGAAAGAGAAGGAACAGAGAGGCCUGGAGAACACAGCCUUCAUGGGCCAGAACAAUGAGGUUAUCUGGCUGGAGUUACAAGCCUGGCACGCCCGCCGUAGCAUCACGGAGCAGGACCUGUACCUGUACACCGCCCGCCAAGCCAUACCUGACAUCAUCAACGAGGUACUGCACUUCAAAGUGGACUAUAGCAGCCUAGUCGAGCAUGACUGCAACCUCACAACAGAACAGAGCAACUCCUGUCCUGGAGAAACCAACUGCAGAAAUGAUCCUUUUAGUUUCAGCACCUCCUCCACAUCGUGGGGCAAGGUCGAUGCUGCUGCUCCUUUUUCUUCAGCAUUGGAGUGCAGAGAGCACCUGCAAAGGCAACGAAUCGCCUUUGAUCAGGUGAAGCGAGUCAUGUCGCUGUUGGAGUCGGUGGAAGCUCUGUACCCAUCUCUGCAAACACUGCAGAAAGACUAUGAGAAGUAUGCUGCCCGAGAUUUCCAGGGCAGAGUGCAGGCGCUCUGCCUGUGGCUCAACAUUACUCAGGACCUCAAUCAGAAGUUGCGAGUGAUGGGCACCGUGCUGGGCCUAAGGGAACUUUCCCGCAUCGGCUGGCCUGUCUUUGAGAUCCCCUCACCUCGAUGCUCACACGAGGACGAGGAUGUGGAUGAGGAUGAGACUGAGUCUACCGCUACCUUCACCACGGAAAACGAUGGGGAGGAAAGGACCUUUAGUGGGGCAGCUAGCAACGGAGAGCAGUCGCCCUGCCUCACGCCAAAGUUUUCACGCCUCAUGUCGGAAGAGGAGUUCCUCCCACAGGACAGUGAGACCCAGUACUGUCCCACCGCCAUCUAUAGGCCAUUUGUGGAUAAGGCACUUAAACAAAUGGGACUGCGUAAACUGAUCCUCAGACUGCACAAGCUUAUGGACCGAUCGCUACAGAGGUCCAGAACUGCACUGUUGAGUCACAUGUCGGCUCAAGAGUUGUCGGCGAUCCCAGGAUGUUCUUUGCACUGUGACUACCUUCCUGAGCUAUCCCGUCACCUGGGCGGUCAGGAGGAUGCGGGUUCAGGACGGGUAUCAUGGGAGGAGCUUAUGGACAUGGACCUGCCCUCAUUCCGGCCGGCCUUCUUGGUGCUUUGUCGUGUGCUGCUAAACGUCAUUCACGAGUGCCUCAAACUGCGACUCGAGCAAAGGCCUGCAGGGGAACCGUCCCUGCUCAGCAUCAAGCAGUUGGUGCGUGAGUGUAAAGAGGUUCUUAAAGGAGGGCUGCUGAUGAAACAGUACUACCAGUGCAUGCUCCGUGGUGUCGUCACUGACCCCCAGGGUCUACAGACUAAUGCCAACAUUGACGAGUUUGAGGAGGAUCUUCACAAAAUGCUAGAGGUGUACUUUGACUACAUGCGCAGCUGGAUUCAGAUGUUACAGCAGCUGCCUCAAGCCUCCCACAGCCUGAAGAACCUGCUGGAGGAGGAGUGGAAUUUCACUAAAGUCAUCACUCCAUACAUCCGAGGCGGAGAGGCCCAGUCCGGCAAGCUCUUUUGUGAUAUUGCUGGAAUGCUGUUAAAAUCCACUGGAGACUUCCUGGAUGCGGGCCUUCAGAAGAGUGGCAACGAGUUCUGGGAGUGUGCAGAUGACAGCACUGCUUCAGAUGAAAUCAGGCGUUCUGUGAUUGAGACGAGUCGCUCGCUCAAAGAGCUCUUCCAUGAGGCAAGAGAGAGAGCAUCUAAAGCGCUAGGCUUUGCCAAGAUGCUGCGCAAAGAUCUUGAGAUUGCAGCAGAAUUCAGCUUAACCAGUGGAGUAGCCUCUCUCCUGCAGGCACUGAAGGCCAAGAGUUACGUCAAGGUUCAAAUCCCAGGACUGGAGGAGCUGCAGGUGUUUGUCCCUUGUGGUCUGACGGAGCAGCGGUUGGUCAUCUUACAGCUGCUAAAUGCGGCUGCAGGAAAGGACUGCUCAAAAGAGCCAGAUGAGAACCCGGAGGAUGAGGCCUACCUGCUCAUGAGCAAGCAUGGAAUCGGGGACUCUGAUGGCAGCUGUGCCGAGUGGGACGGCAGUGUGCUUAAACUGGUGCCUCAAGUGGAGACGGUGGACACGUUACGUGCCAUGAAGGUGGACAAUCUCCUGCUAAUUGUGAUGCAGUCUGCACACCUGGUGGCACAACGCAAGGCCUUCCAUCAGUCGAUGGAAGAUCUUCUAACCCUCAGCCGAGAACAGACAUCUAGCCAGCCACUCAUCGCCUGUGCUCUGGAACAACUUAAGAAUGAGGCUCUCCAGCUGUGCAUCAAGAUCAACACAGCAAUCGACCGUGUGGAAUACAUGUUCACAUCAGAGUUUGAGGCAGAGGUGGAGGAGACUGAGAAGGCAACACUGCAGCAGUAUUACAGAGAGGCCAUGAUCCAGGGCUACAACUUUGCCUUUGAGUACCAUAAAGAGGUUGUGCGUCUGAUGUCUGGAGAGUUCAGGCGGCGGAUCGGGGAGCGCUACAUCGCUUUUGCUCGCAAGUGGAUGAACUUUGUCCUCACAAAGUGUGAAAGCGGGAGAGGCACUCGUCCACGAUGGGCAACGCAGGGCUUUGAUUUUCUUCAAGCAAUUGAGGCAGCGUUUAUAUCAGCCUUGCCAGAAGAUGAUUUUCUGAGUCUGCAGGCUCUGAUGAAUGAGUGUAUCGGACAUGUUAUCGGGAAACCACACAGUCCAGUCAGCAGUAUGUACUUUGCAGGCCCACGUAACAGCCCUCGACCUGUCAAAGUGCCACGUUGCCACAGCGACCCUCCGAACCCAUGUCUAUUCAUCCCUUCAUCUCAUGCUGAGGGUUUCAGCUCAAGGAGUCUCCCAUGUGAUCUGCGUACCCAAUUGUGUCCCCCUGGUCCCCGCCCCAUCCCUCCGUUACACCCAGGGGAACACAGCCAAGCCAACAAAUCCUCCGGCAGCACCCCCAAUGACAUCAGGGUGUCCAGUGUACAUGAGAACGACCGUCUGUCCUCUGUGGCAGCAGAGUUUAAAUCCCUUAGCCGGCACUCCAGUCCGACAGAUGACAGAGAAGAACCCUCGUAUCCUAAAGGAGACCCCAACAGUACUGCGCGUCGCAGCUGGGAGCUCCGCAACUUUAUCAGCCAGUCAAAAGACACAGCAGCCCGUCAGAGCCCUAUGGAGACAGUAUGGCGCUCCAUACAUGCAUUCGACGACAAGCACUAUGCGCUCAUGAGGCAGCGCAACAUCAUCGGCCAGGUGUGCAACACCCCCAAGUCCUAUGACAACGUCAUGCACGUGGGCCUACGCAAGGUCACCUUUAAAUGGCAGAGAGGCAACAAGAUUGGCGAAGGGCAGUAUGGAAAGGUUUACACGUGCAUCAAUGUGGACACUGGUGAACUGAUGGCCAUGAAGGAGAUUCGGUUUCAGCCCAAUGACCACAAAACCAUAAAGGAAACGGCCGAUGAGCUGAAGAUUUUUGAAGGAAUCAAGCAUCCCAAUCUCGUCCGCUACUUUGGUGUUGAGUUGCACAGGGAAGAGAUGUAUAUCUUCAUGGAGUACUGUGAUGAGGGGACACUGGAGGAGGUGUCUAGACUGGGCCUGCAGGAACACGUCAUCCGCCUCUACAGCAAGCAGAUCACGACAGCAAUCAACGUUCUGCAUGAACAUGGCAUUGUACACCGUGACAUUAAAGGAGCCAAUAUCUUCCUUACGUCAUCGGGCCUGAUAAAGCUUGGGGACUUUGGUUGUUCAGUGAAGCUGAAGAACAAUGCUCAGACGAUGCCUGGAGAAGUGAACAGCACACUGGGGACUGCAGCAUACAUGGCCCCUGAGGUCAUCACUAGGGCAAAGGGUGUAGGUCAUGGCCGUGCUGCUGAUAUCUGGAGCCUUGGUUGUGUCUUAAUAGAGAUGGUCACUGGGAAGAGACCCUGGCAUGAAUAUGAGCAUAACUUCCAGAUCAUGUACAAAGUGGGUAUGGGCCACAAGCCGCCCAUUCCUGAAAAGCUAAGCACAGAGGGGAAGGACUUCCUGGUCCACUGCCUGGAGAGUGAACCCAAGCGUCGGUGGACCGCCAGUGCCCUGCUGGACCACCCCUUUGUCAAGGUCUGCACAGAUGAAGAGUGAUCUGGAGGUCAUCGGAUUAUCUUAACGUUUACAAAAAUGCUAGCACUACUUCACACAGCAUGAAAGGAACUCUGGAUUUGUGAAAGACAAAGGAAAAAGACUGGUUUUUAGCUUGAUCUGCUAAAAAAUAUCUGCUUAAAGGGGGCAAGUCUUACAUGUACAGUCACAUGAGCGGAUGGAAUGAAAAGGUUGUUUGGAGAAGAGGGUUGUAUUGUACAUACUGUAAGAAUAUGGUUAGGGACUUUGUACAAAGCAUAAUGUAAAGCUGAAGUUUAAUAGCCACUUUUUUGCUGGUAAAGGAAUUUAGUUGAUUGAGUCACAGGGAAUACAAGUUAAAGGAGAC